AUGUCUAUUUCUGUCACAGUGACCCUUCUCAGUGGCACCCACGCAACCGUUACCCUUCCUAGAGAUGCAACUGUGGCAGAUCUGCGACAGAAAGCACAGAGAGCUCUGCAAACACCUUUGGGGAAACUUACCAGUGCGUCUGGAACGCUGUUAGGCGGAUGUGGCACACUGACGCAAUCCGGAGUCGACGAUGGUGACACCAUCACAGCCGUUACCCGGGCUGUGGCCGUGGCCGCAUCUUAUCGAGCAUUUGCUCUCAUCCGGGCAGACGGCUCCGUCGUGACAUGGGGUUGUCCUGGUAGUGGUGGCGACAGCAAUGCUGUGCAACACCAGUUGCAUGGUGUGCUGCAGAUUCAGGCUGCCGAAUGUGGUUUUGCUGCCCUGCGAGAGGACGGAGUGGUAGUUUCAUGGGGCAACCUCGCCGAAGAAGAUGAGAGCUACGACGUAGAUGAGCACUCAUGUCCUCUCCCGAGCGGAGCUCGUGAUGUGCGACAGAUCCAAGCAGCAACGCACGCCUUUGCGGCUAUCAAAGAAGAUGGGUCUGUGAUUACCUGGGGUCGACGCGAUGCUGGCGGAGACAGCAGUAAGGUGCGUGACCAACUUCACAAUGUGCGGCUCGUCCAGGCAGCAAAAAGGGCCUUUGCCGCUCUUCGCACCGACGGAACUGUGGUGACAUGGGGGGAUGACGAUAUGGGCGGGUACAGUGAGUAUGUGCAAAGCAAGCUCAAGGACGUUGUGCACAUCAAGGGCUGCGGAGAGGGCUUCAGUGCGAUUACUGCAAGUGGCCACGUGGUGUCUUGGGGGUUCAUGGAGCUCUAUGACUACGAGAGGGUACCGGAGAUAUACAAUACCACGCUUUCAGGUGUGGAUCACUUUCAGGGUUGCGGAAGUGCCUGGGCGGCCGUGAGCAAAGAUGGGCAGCUCGCGGCCUGGGGCCCUCAUUCUCAUGAACCCUCCAGCAAGUCUCUUAGAUGA